AUGGCAUCAGACGACGGAUCUCUUGUCAAGGAGGCUACUGCGUUGCUGGAUAAGUUCAGUGCUGGCGAACAGUGUUUGGAUGGCUUCAUAGAAGAUGCUGAAAAGGAUCUGCAGAACAUGGAUGCUCAGCAUAAGAAGUUCAUACUUAAUGUUGUCUCCGGAUGCACUGAGCACAAAAAGUUAUUGGACGUAGUUGUCAACGUCUUCUACGGCCAGAAUGGGAGAUGGUUAUCCAGAGGUGACCGGAGCCAGUUUGUCAUUAUCUGUUACCUCACCACUUUCGUCCUCGAUGACAUUGGACUUCAGCGUUUUAGCAACAUUGUCAAAUCUCUGGACAUCAAGAAGAUGCACACAUUCCUCAACUUCUUCUUCAAACACCUCACCACAUGGAUACAGGAAGAGUGGAAUCAUAUCUACGAUGCUGCCUGUGUGGAGGAACAGUGGAUCGGCCCCCUGCUGAGAUGGCGCCCCCAUAUUGAUAUUCUCAUGGACCAGCUUGAUUUGAAAAUGUCCUGUGGGAGUCAGGUCAAGAAAAUUCCGAUCAAAACCACCAAGCCCCAGGAGUUCUGUCUCACCAAACCCAAACCUCGACCUCUGCUGAUGCCAGAGCUCAUCCCACAGCAGGAAAAAUGCAAACCGGUACCAAACAGCACGUACAGGGCUCCAAAGGAGAUGCAGAUCAUAAAGGAGAUAAAACAGGAGAACCAUCAGAAGACUACGAUCUUUGAAGUGGGCUUCAACCAAAUUUAUGAUGGGCUCUGGUACUUUGAAGAAGUUGAAAGCAGCCCAGAGGACACUAUGUGGGUGGAGCGUUUGGCAGAAGGCGGAGGUGAGGUCACCUCUUUCGUACAGUGGCAGAAGAAUAUGCGCGAGAUGGACCUUCAUGAGGAGCUGGCCAAGAUUGAGCAGAGGCGUCUGGAGGGACGCAUCAGUCACAAGGAGGCAGCCUUUCCCCCAAAAAUUAUCAUGGAGAGAAACCAGAAGGCCUCUCAGCUGAAGAAAGAAGAGACAGCUCAGCUGAUGAGGGAAUAUGCUGAGAAGAGGUUGCAGGAAGAGAAAGAACUGAGGGACUUGGUGCAAAAAGCGGCAGAAGGACAGAAUAACUCGAAAAUGGCCAAAGAGAAGUUACAUAAAUUCAAGCAAAGUAUAGUGAGAGAAGUCUCGGAGCAAAGUCAAGUGCUCCUUCGACAAGCACUGGAGGAAGCACAGGCAGAACGUAGCAGGAAGUUUCAAACCAUCCUUGAAAUCCGCGCCAUUGAGUCACUUCCUCACGUCAGAUUCAAGUAUUUUGACGACACAGAAACUGCAGGACAUGAACUGCUGGCAGAGAUGUCCAUAGUCGAGCUGAAGUUGCGACUGGCCCACCUGAAGGAAGUCGAGCAAACAGAGCAACAGAAGAGACAUGAGCACGUCCUGAAGGUGAAUCAGAAAAAGAAGAAGCUGGAUUUGGAAUUGGAGACCGAGUACCUCCACAUGAGAGCAAUGGCACAGGCUGCAGCCAUCAGGAAAGAGAAGGAGAGGAAGGAUCUUCAGCAGAAAAUUGCUCAAGAAAAGGUUUUGGCUGAGCAGAAAAAGCUCGAGGAAAAUGAGCAAGAGCAGCGAAGACUAGAGCAAAUCAAGAGCAGCCAGGCCAAAACCGCUGAACCAACGACAAAAAAAACCAUGACGGCGGAGGAGAUUUGUGAGUCGAUGGUAAAGAAUUUAGAGCAGUUGAUCCAGAGGGCCUUUUAAAUUUCAGACCAGGACGAUCAUCGGUGUAUCUGCCGCCAGGAGAGAAAUACAU